AUGCGCUGUAAGAUCAAUGUUUCCGGAACCUUGUUCGAAUUCGAUGGAAAAAUGCUGGAGAAUUUUUCACAACACACGCUGACUGAUUUAUUUCCGCCCGGGGAAUUCGUAGGAAACCAAGAGGAAGUGUUCGUCGGCCGUUCGGCGGAGACGUUCGCCGCCAUCUUAGGGUACUACCAGACCGGGGAGCUUCACAUGCCGACGACGGUGUGUCCCCAAGCAUUCCGUCAAGAACUGGAGUUCUGGAAGGUCCCCGCCGAAGAUAUGCAGACCUGCUGUUCUUACAGAUACUACGGCUUCUUUGACGAGUUUGAAACCCACCAAGAUUUCAAGAUGGCGUCGCAGAACGAAGACCGGAAGCACCAGUCACUUCCGGUUGUAUCGGGAAACUCAAAACUAAGGAAUCUCAGGGGCCGAGUCUGGAACGUGAUCGAUAACAGAACUCAGACCUGGGCGUCAAAGGUCUACUUGGCGAUAGUGUUCCUGAUGAUUUUGCUCUGCAUUUUGGUGACAGCUCUUAGCACAGAGCCUUCAUUGCAAAGAAAAGCGACAAAAUGUGAGCGUCUGGAAUACUUACUCGCUAUCGAACACAAGGAUGCGACCAUAGCCCGCGAGUAUUUCAAUUUAACGGAAUGUUCUUUUGGAAAUGUAUUGGAUUAUUGGGAAGAUGAAGAUUACGAGGAGUUGGACAAUGAAAUCCAAAACCCCACCAGAAACAUAACGCUACCAAACCUUAUAAGAAGAAUGGCCGUAUUUGAUAUUCUAGAAUAUUUCACGACAGCGUUCUUCACACUGGAUCUGAUCAUGCGCCUUUUGACGUGCCCGAAUAUAGCACAGUAUUGCACAAACAUUUUGACCUGGAUCGACAUCAUCUCCCUUGCUGGAUUCUACAUUCACCUGGCGAUCACUUUCUCCUUGAAAGAGCACAUCUACAAUGACGGGUGGAUCAAAGCGGUCAACUACUUGCAAGUAUUCAGAAUUCUUCGCCUGUUUCGCGUCGUAAAAAACGUCCGCGCUAGUCGCGUGCUUAAAUACUCCUUGCGCCAGAACGUAAGGGACUUGGGCUUACUCGCAAUUUUUCUACUAAUAGCCGUUAGCGUCAGCUCGAGUUUGAUCUACUUCAUGGAACCUCGAGAGAGAAUCGACUCGAUUCCCAGUGCAGCCUAUUGGGCCGUGAUCACACUGACCACGGUGGGAUACGGUGACGUCACACCGGUCACUGGCGCUGGGCGUGUGCUGGCCUCAAUAUUGGCGAUUUGUGGAGUUCUGUUGCUGUCGAUCACCCUGCCCAUGUUCGUGAACAACUUUCUGACUCUAUACCAGUACACCAAUCUCGACGAGUACAUCGAUAACAAACGACUGGCCAGCAGGAAAAUGAAAGGGGCUGUGACUGCAGUCGCUGUCAUCAACUUCUUAGAGCCCAAGCUCUCGGGUGACCAUGAUAUCAAAAUGAAUGCGUUUGCUAACAGUACAAUACCUGGAAGCACAAGCGAGUAUUAA